AUGGUGCUCUUUAUUCUCAACGACCUUCCUCCCAAGUCCCGCCUCAACUCCCCUCUUGCCCGUGCCACUCACAUCACUCUAUCCCCCCUCUCCCCUUCCCACCCACGCGAGACAGUCCCCUCAGCCAUGGUGCUCUUCAUUCUCAACCAACUUCCGCCACACCAUGCCCUCCCUGCUUUUCUCUGCCUCCACACCACACUAUCCCCUCUCUCCCUUUCCCUCACAGGCGAGACAGUGCCCUCAGCCAUGGUGCUCUUCAUUUUCUCAAGUACUUUCACGUCACACCAUCCUCUCCCCACUUCUUCCCCUCUGUACCUGUUUUUCACACAUCACAAUAUCCUCUUCCCUCCCCUCCCAGGCGAGACCGUCCCAUCGGCCAUGGUGCUUUUCAUUCUCAAGGACCUUCCUCCCAAGUCCCGCCUCCCCUCCCCUCUUGACUUGCAUCUCAUAUCGCACUAUCCCUUCCUCUUCCGUCCCCUCCCAGGCGAGACCGUCCCAUCGGCCAUGGUCCUUUUCAUUCUCAAAGACCUUCCUCCCAAGUCCCGCCUUCCUUCCCACCCUUCCCUCCCCUCCUCCUCCUCCUCCUCUCGCCCCUCCUCUCGUCACGGAAUUAGAACCCAGUCCUCUCGCUCUCGCACUUCCAACCUCCCCACUCUACUCCCCACCUCCUCCUCCUCCUCCGCCGCCCCUCAUCCAUCGUCCAUCUUCUCUUCUCUCACGCCUGACCGCCCCGUGCUUGCCUCGACCCUCGACCCAGCUGCAGCAGCAGCAGCCUUUCUUCUCCCCGCUGCUGUUGGUAGCAGUGGCAAAAGUGGUGGUGGGGUUGGUGGCAGGGGUGGUGGGGGUGGGGAUGCUGCUGGUGGUAGUGGUAGCAGUGCUACAUCUGUAGCAGGCUUAUCAAGACCAGAAGGGCACAUAGGCAGCAACAGCAGCGCCAUUGCCCGUCUCCCUGCUCCUCCCCUCGCCCCUCUUCUCCCCCAGUGGGUUGUACCCCCUGAAGGGGAACCCUACUCCGUCCUCCCCCCCGCUGCUGCUGCUGCUGCGAAUUCCUUUGCUGCUCUUGCCGCUGCUGCUGCCGUCGCUGCAGCAGCAGAAGCAGCGGCAGCGGCAGCAGAGGCGGAGGAGCAAGGGAGGAGGAAAGGGAGCGGGAAGGGGCGCGGGAGGGGGAAGGGGGCCGGUGGGAGAGGGGGAGGAGGGGGGGCGGAGAGAGGCGGGAAGGGGGGAGGAGGCAGGGGGAGGGCGAGGGGGGAAGCGGGUACAGAGGGUAAUGGAAGAGGGCCUGUGAGUGCAGAUGCAGGGGUGACACUGGCUGGAGCGAGUGGUGUGGGGGGAGGGGCGGUUGGGGGAAGAGCAGAUGGGACUCUUGUGAGAGAAGGACGAGGAGAAGGGAGAGGAGAAGGGAGAGGAGGGGCAGGAGGAGCAGGGGGAGCGGGAGGAGCGGGAGGAGUGGGAGGAGGAGGAGGAGGAGCAGCAGGAGCAGGGGAUGGUGCAGAGGGAGCAGCUCGGGACAGAAGCAAGGCAAAGAAACCAUCCAGGGUGGGAAUCUUGACUUACCCUCAAAUGCACAUGGCAGUCUAG